AUGUCUGCCUCCAACGGCGAUAACGGUCGCAGGAACAACUACAAGCACAAGUAUACGCGGACUAAAAAGCCCUCAAGCAAGACUGACGGUUCGGCAACGCAAGAAAGCAGUGGUAAGGGUUCGCAGCUGUCUCGAGAAGAACGAGGCCAAAAUUUGCAGUUUCGCAAUGUGAACAUGCAAAAGUACGAACACAUGAUUGAUACAGCUAAGGAUAACUUUGCUGAUAUCGCUCUCGGUAGCGGGCCAACUGAGGAAUGCACGAUUUGCUGCAAAGUAAACGACUUAUUCGGUAUCGGUUCGUGCCGUCAUCCAGUUUGUAUGGAGUGUGCAAUUCGUAUGAGAGUUCUCUCGAAUAGCCGGCAAUGUCCUGUCUGCAGGGCAGAUAUGGAAACGUUAUGGUUUGUAUUUGUUUCAAGUGGAUUUGACACUGUUUCACUGCCGUUACCUUCAUUGAACCAUCCUGACGAAAAGAGAUUUGGCUUGCAGUUCCAGGACGUUGAAGCCAUUACUCGCUACGAAAAAUAUCUUGCUCAUGUUUGCAAACUGUGCAGAAGUCCUGAAGGCGGUAGAAUGGAAUUCCCCACUUUUGUUGCUUUACGACAUCAUAUGUCAAGCGUUCAUCAACUGACGUAUUGUCAUAUAUGCACCGAAAAUAUCACUCUAUUCUCAAGGGAGAGAAAGACUUAUACUCGCGACGGACUACAAAGGCACAUACGUGCAGGUGACAGAGACGACAAAAGCCUAAAAGGUCAUCCAUCCUGCUUGUUCUGUGAGCAACGCUUCUUCGACGAAGAGUUCAGAUAUAAGCACCUUCGCAAGGAACAUUUUUUCUGCCAAUUUUGCGAAUCUGAGGGUAAACACAUGAAUGUGUUUUUCAAGGAUCAUGGAGAACUUGUUGGCCAUUACAAGGAACAACAUUUUCUUUGUGAUUUCGAGGACUGCAAGGCAAUGGGUAUCGCAUUUUCAAAUCAGAUAGAUCUGAAUCUCCACAAGUCGAAGGAACACAAUGGUCGCCGCACGGCUGUGGGACUUGACUUUCAAUUCAGUGAUCGUCAACUCGCAGGUCCUUCACGUGUACGACCACCUGCCAAUUCUGCUGUUAUUCGUCGUGACAAAGUUGCCGUUGUUCCACAAGAGGCAACACUCGCUCCAAAAAGGACACCAGAAGAAUUUGUGGUCGUGCCUUCGGCGCAAAGUAGUAGUCGCACUAUUCGCUACAACGUCGCACCGGCAUACACACCACAGAGCGAGGAUUUCCCAAGUUUAGCACCAACUUCAGCGAAUUCUCGUUCGGUCCCUACCUUGCCAAACUUGCGGCCGGAUGAUUUUCCUCGCCUAAACCGAGUCAACCAUCCUGGAGUGCAACCAGCUCAAUCCAGGCCAUCGCCAGUUGUUGAAAACUUCCCAGCACUACCAACCGCAAGCAAACAGCUGCCCACAGCUCCUUCCUGGGGAACGAAGAAAACAUCUAAGUCUGUCGUCGUGGGCUGUAAAGUUCCCAAUAACAUCAAACAAUUACCACAACCUGAUGUCUGGCCUGAUAGGCCUGUCUCAACUCCAGCGCGAGAAAUUGAACCAGAGCGUUGGCAGGAGGUGCCAACGAAACCGCGGAAAGUGGAUAAGAAAACCCGUAGAGUACAACAAAAAGCUGCUAAUGUUAGCAACGAAGGUGCGUCGGAGGUGCCAGAAGUCUCUAACGAAGAUCCACAUAGAAGUGAAUUAGUGCUUAAAAACAGUUCCAAAAUUGGAAGUGAAGAGAAACUCGAGGAAGACAAGCAGAAAGGAAUUUCGAAACAAAACAGUAUAAGCCAGACGUAUGCGAUAAAAAGGGAGGAUAACGUUCCAAGUGUUUCGAUUCCUAUCCCUGCCAUCAACAAGUUGAAUAAAUCGCAUUCUGGCGCUGGGAAAAUCGAGCAACGGUUUGCAGCGGGUACCAAGACUAGUGAUGAUGUUCUGUCUGAAGUUGAGAGAUACACUGAAAAGUCUACUACUACCCCACCUGAAGCCUCGUCUCAGUCUUCUAUACUAAAUUGGUUUUCGUUACCGUCCAAGUCGUCGCUUUUUUCCAAUCUUUCCCUCUCCAAUGUUUUGGGAAAAACACCACAAGAAAAUUGCAUGGCUCCAACUCCAUUUGCUUCCACUGGCUCAGAGGUUGUAAAUUCACCAUCGACACCAAUUACUGAUGUUGCCACGGAAACUAAGAAAACAGCAUCUGCUUUGGCUGAUGUCCCUCCAGGACUGGCAACAGCAGUGCCAGCAGAUAUUUUGUCCGGGCCUCCUCCAGGAUUUGAAGGCAUUUGUCCUAACUCAUCUGCUCCUCCCGGUCUUGUAUUUCCUUCAGUGUCUCGACCUGUGUUCUCAAUGGCUCCUUUUUUUUCUAAUGCUGAUCUGAAUAAGAACGAUGUGGGAUCCGAAACUGCUUCAAAAGCAGAUAAUGAAUGGUCAGCCGUUGGCGCCAGAUAA